AUGACAAUGCCGACCCUGUUGGCCGAGCCCGUCCUGAGCUUGAUCUUGAAGGUACCGUUCAUCGUUGGCGGGGUGGUCUUGAUCCUUGUGCUCGUGACAUCUGGAGACUAUCAGUCUGUGGAUCUGACAAAACCUUCCAGCCUCUUCAAUCCAGAUGACCUCGCAUUGACCAGCGCAGUCUACGCGACUUUCAUGUUCCUCUGGCUCAUGGAACUCCUGCACUACAUCUCAGUUUUCGUGGUGGUCUACACUGCGGAGACCUGGUACUUCAAGCACUAUGGAACUUCGCGCACCAACUUUUGUGGCACCUGUGGGCCGGCCGUGAUGCUUCAAGCCUACUGCGCGGCUGUCACCUCCCACCUGGGCUCCUUGAUCUUUGCAUCUUUCCUGAUGGUGACUCUGCGGAUAGUGCGUUGGAUCGUGAAGGCCUUUCUCAGUGCGCAGGAAGGGUUGAGCACAAACCCGGUCACGAGCUGCAUUGCCGAGGCCUUGAGCAUCUUUACAGAUGCCUGCCUCGCCUGCGUUCAGCGUAUCCUCGACUUAACCAGCCAGGUUGCCCUCAUGGACAUAGCGUACCACGGAGACUCGGGCUUUUGCGGAGCCACCCAGCAUGCCUUGGAGGUUAUCUUCUCCAAUCGAUCCGCUUGGUUGGCUGUCGAAGGCGUUUGCUUGGUCUUCAUUGCGGUGGGAAUUGCUGGAAUCGGUGCAGGCACGUGUGUGCUUACGUACAUGAUCACGAUGUCCGUCACCCGCUACACGGACAUAGAAAGCCCCAAUCACGUGUCGGAUCCACGCGAGGUGGCUAUCGUCGCUGGCGUCAUCGGCGUGUUUCUAGGCUGGACGAUGCUUCAUCCCUUCAUCACUAUUGCAGAUACCAUGGCAUACUGCCACGGCUUCACGGCGUAUGAGGAGAAGAUGAGUGCUCAGGCCGACGUGGAAGAAGCCACCUACCAGAACUGCUAUGGCUGUUGGACAAAGCCGGCCCGAGAGACUGACCUCCUUCUCAAGACGCACAAAAAAGAAGCUCCGGAAUGA